AUGGAGGCUGAGGCUAGCUAUGAUUUCGUUGCCAACGCUGAAGAUGAACUUGGAUUUAAAAAAGGAAGUCUCUUAAAGAUACUAUGUGUGGAAGACGAUCCUAACUGGUACCUAGCCGAACAGGAAGGCCGAACAGGUUUAAUACCGUGCAAUUACAUCACGAUGCGUCCUCACCCUUGGUACAUCCGACACUGUAGUCGUAUGGAAGCCGAAGAAAGACUUCAAGAAAUCGAUCAAGAAACAGCACAACAUUUGCAACCAGAUGGAGCUUUUAUAUUGCGUCAAAGUGAAGCAGACGGUAAAGGAUUUAGUUUGUCCGUCAAACAAGGUUGUGAAGUUCUUCAUUUUAAAGUACUUCAAGACGAAGCUGGAAAAUAUUUUUUCUGGUUAUCUAAAUUUGAUUCCAUUAACCAAUUAAUUGAUCAUCAUCGAAAGACAAGUAUAUCACGUAAUCGUUUAUUGACUUUGGUUGAUCUUGUCCCGUCUAAGCGUUUCCCUACUAAUGUACGAAAAUAUCAACUUGAUCGAGUUAUAGCCCGGUUUGAUUUCGAGACCAAAGGUGCCGGUGAAUUAUCUUUACAUCGUGGUGAUGUUAUCGAAGUGAUUAAUCGUAAUGAUGAAAAUUGGUGGCGUGGUCGUACAUCCGAUGGACGAUGUGGCCUAUUUCCAUCAAAUUUUGUAGAUGAUUUACCUUCAGUCAUAUAA